CAUACUUCUCUUUCUCACUAUCGAUCUCUCUGGAUCUAUCAGUUACCAAUUAAAGUCUAUGAAUAUUUAAACGAGUCGCAGCAAGCUAAGGAAAAACUGAGCAAAUAUUAUUAUUAUAUUGUUGUGUUGCAUUUAGAAGAAUUUACACAGAUUGUAUACAAUGGGGAUUAAUUCUCUACAAGUUUGCCUGGAUUCAUCUGACUGGUUACAGGGCACAAUUCACGAGGAGGCAGCAGCAGGGAUGGAUUCUUCUUCUUCACCAUCUGGAGGGGAUCACAUUAAUAAUCUGAUGACAUGUUCAAGGCCAAUAAUAGUAGAUCAAAGAAGACUAAGACCCCCACAUGACCAUUCCAUCAAAUGUCCUCGUUGUGAGUCAACUCACACCAAAUUCUGUUACUACAACAAUUACAGCCUCACUCAACCUAGGUACUUUUGCAAGACAUGCCGUAGGUAUUGGACUAAAGGUGGCACUUUAAGAAACAUCCCUGUUGGUGGUGGCUGCCGUAAAAACAAAAAAGUUUCCUCCAAAAAAUCAUCUACUAAUGAAACUCCUUUAGCUACUACUAUUACUACUAAUAAUAUUCCAGAAAUGCCCUUUCCUCAUCACUUCAUGAGUGGUUCUACUAACUUUGGGCAUCAUGGUAAUUUCAUGCUUGAAAAUCAAGCCCCAAUUAUUGAUUUCAUGGAAAGUAAGUACGAGGCUUUAGUGGGGAGUAGUACUAGUGGUACUACUAAUUCAAGAAACCAAGAUUUAUUUCUUGGGAAUGGUGACAGUAAUAAUAUUGGAAUGAUGAUGAUGAGUGGUAAUAGUACUAAUGGAUUUGGUCAUGAUAAUAAUAUUAUUGCACCAAAUUAUCCAUUUGGAAUAACGAGUGCUAUGGAUAAUGGGAACAAUUUUGGAAUGUUAUUGCCAUACGAAAAUAAUCAUCAUCAUCAUCAUGAGGAAGUACAAAAUAUUAAUGCAGUUGAUGUGAAGCCAAAUCCCAAGAUUUUGUCAUUGGAAUGGCAUGACGACCAAUUAGGUGGCAAUAAAGAGUCAUCAUCAUCAUUUGGGUAUUAUUCUGGCAGUGGAGGCCUAGGAUCUUGGACGGGCUUGAUGAAUGGUUGUUAUGGAUCAUCAGCAACGAACCCUUUAGUUUGAAAAUCAAGUGAAUUAAUUAAUUCAGUUUAAUUAGUUAAUUACUACUACUUGAUUGUGGAUUAGGGUUUCAUGUUAAAUGCCAUUUGUUAUCAUGAUGAGUGCAACGAAUAUUUGUACCUUCUUAAUUUGGCCUAAACUCCUCUUUGGUGUGAAGGACUGAAAGGUGCGUUUGCUCUCUGUAGCUUGGAUCAUCGGACUUUUGGUGUGAACGGGAGAUAUUGUGAGAGUCCAAAUUUUACAGUUUACUACUUGCUUUUAGUAAUUAUGAUCGAUUCAAAGUUCUUGGCUUGUAAUUUGUUUCAGAUAUCUACCAAUAGAUAGUUUAAUCCUUUUUUUGUUUUUUUAUUA